GAAACAAUCUUCUAUCCAACAAAGUAUAUGUUAGUACAAAACAGAAACGUUUUUUGUAAGCCGUAUUAAUAUAAAUGAUUACAUCAAUGACGGCAACUAACACUUCUCCUGCUACAACAACAUCUAACACUGCCAAUUUAAAAAUUACUCUAUUGGGUCCGGAGGAUGUGGGAAAGACUACUCUGAUAAAAAGUUUUUUAAUAGAAGAAUUUUACGAUUCCAGUUAUGCCUCAGUUGUACCUGAUGGUUAUGCCCGCCUCAAAACAAUUGAUGAUAAAGAAUAUCGUUUGAUCUUGGUGGAUACACCGGGUGCGAUGGAUUGUGAAAGUAUAAGACGUUCGGCUUAUGCAAAUAGCGAUUGUUUGAUUUUGUGCUAUGCUAUUAAUAGUCCUACAUCCUUUAAAAGUAUCAGCAGUUAUUGGUUGCCUGAAAUACGUACGCACUGUAAGGAAGUGCCUGUUAUAUUAGUGGGCACUAAAUUAGAUUUGCGCUCGAAUAUGAAAUGUAUAACUACCAAACAAGGUGCACGUUUAAGGAAAAAAACUAAAAUGCUUUCAUUUUUUGAAUGUUCGUCCAAGGAUAUAAACAGUUUACAGACUCUUAUUAUUGAAGCCGUAAGAGCUGCAGUAUGCCACCCUAUGGUGGAUAACAAAUCUUCUAAAACACAACAACAAACAAAUCUUCAUAAACUAAAUGAAAAGUUGGCAAUACUAUCAAAGUAAACUGAACUUAAAUCUAAUACUGAAACACACAAUCAUCUGUUAAAGUCUGCCUAAAUUUGUUCCGAGUUUAAUCUAACAGCAAGUUAAGCCUAGUUUAACUGAGGAGUAAGAAACCCGUCCUCAGUCCACCUAAAUUUGUUCCGAGUUUAAUCUAACAGCUAGUAAAUCCUAGUUUAAUUGAGUACUAAGAAACUCGCCCUAAUAAAAAGACACAUAUAUUUACAAAUUUUCUUUGUUAUUUUUCUUUAAUUUUAUUACAAAACUAAAAUUUAUUAAAUAUAUAUUCUCAUGGCAGAGAAUAGAGAAAUUCUUAAAACAAUUAAUAUAUUUACAAAUAUACAUUAAACAAUUAAGUUAUGGCAAAAAAAAAUUAACAUAAAAUUCAUAUUCAU